AUGGCCCCCACAACCUACCAUGAUAGUCCAGAAGACAACCUCAGGUUGCCUGAGGUUGCAUUGUGCAUUUGCAUGAUGUUUGUUGAAGUAUUUGUUGGCUAUGACAUGGUUCUUUCUUGUUUCUCAAUUGUUUUAAACGGAUUUGAUGCAUUUGCAUGUUUGCGAGAAAGAGCUCAAGUUGAACAGCUUAUUCGAUACAUAGUGGAAGAAGCACCUGAAGAUUCUGAAAAAAGCAUUCCUUUUAAGUUUCCUUUUAUUGCUUGUGAAAUUUUUACUUGUGAAGUUGAUAUCAUACUCAAGACGCUGGUAGAGGAUGAGGAGUUGAUGAACUUACUGUUCUCCUUUUUGGAACCUGAAAAGCCGCAUAGCACACUACUGGCAGGUUACUUCAGCAAGGUUGUCAUAUGCCUAUUGUUGCGCAAGACCAUUACAUUUAUGGAUUAUAUUCGAGUUCAUCAAGAAAUUAUCCGGAGACUGGUUGAUCUUAUUGGAAUUACAUCCAUCAUGGAGGUUUUAAUUCGUCUGAUUGGUGCUGAUGAACAUCUCUAUAGCAACUAUGUGGACUCAAUGCAGUGGUUGGAAGAGAUUGAUGUGCUAGAGAUGAUUGUGGAUAAGUUCAGCUCAUCGGAUUGUCCUGAAGUGCAUGCUAAUGCAGCAGAAACACUUUGUGCCUUAAGUCGAUAUGCUCCCCCAGUAUUAGCUGCUAAAAUCACCAGCCCGAGUUUUAUAGGAAGAUUAUUUCGUUGUGCUUUGGAGGACACAUGGACAAAAUCUGUUUUAGUUAACUCAUUGUCUGUAUGCAUAUCGUUGUUAGACCCAAAGAGGUUGACGUUGGGAACAUAUUAUAUGUACAACCGCCAACUCACUCCUCAAUCUGUAGUAACUGCCAAUCCUGAGACCAUAGAAGGCAUGCUCGAGAGCCUUGGCUCGGAAGGAUCAAUUUUGGAUGGCUAUUGGCUCUGUGAUUUACUCAAGCUUUUAGAUGUUUCAUCUGAGGAAAAUAGGUUGCUAACUACAUAUGGCAAGUUGCAGCCCCCUUUUGGGAAACAUCGGCUGAAGAUUAUUGAGUUCAUCUCAGUCUUAGUGACUGUCAGUAGUGAAGCUGCUGAGAAAGAAUUGAUACGCCUUGGUGCUAUAAAACACAUAUUAGAAUUAUUUUUUGAGUACCCGUACAAUAACUUUUUGCAUCACCAUGUAGAGGACAUAAUAGAAUCUUGCUUGGAGAGAAAUAAUGCUGCACUUACUGAACACAUUCUUAACGACUGUAAUCUUGUCGGGAAAAUUCUUGAAGCAGAGAAGAAUUUCACGUUGUCCACUGACCCAAACAAGCCAACUGUCCCUGCUGAUGGGAGAUCACCACCCAGGAUAGGGAAUAUUGGACACAUUACACAUAUAUCUAACAAACUUGUUCAACUUGGGAAAAAUGACAAUUAUAUACAGGCAUAUCUACAGGAGAAUAGUGAGUGGAUAGAUUGGCAUACAAAUACCCUACUCAAGCGCAAUGCAGUAGAAAAUGUCUACCAGUGGGCAUGCGGGAGGCCAACAGCACUACAGGAUCGGAUGAGGGAUAGCGAUGAUGACAAUUACCAAGAAAGGGAUUAUGAUGUUGCAGCUCUAGCAAACAAUCUAAGCCAGGCCUUUCCAUAUGGCAUUUAUAGUAAUGAUUAUAUUGAUGAGAUGGAAGUGCCAACCAGGUUUGGAAUUUCAAAAGAAAAGGAGAAUGGGGUACUGAAGAGAAGCUUGAGAGUAGUGGAAGGACUACAUGCAGAUUGUGCUCGUGGAUCAAUUGAACGAGAUGAUGAGGACGUCUACUUUGAUGACGAAUCUGCUGAAGUUGUCAUUUCUUCGCUUUGCCCGGGAGAUGAGCAGGAAAGUGGGUCUCUUUUUACAAAUUCCAACUGGUUUGCUUUGGAGGAUGACAGAAUAGUUAAUGAGCGCUCUACUGGCUCAGUUGCUUCCCCAUCUUCUAAAUCCCAAGGGACUGGUGCGAUCAAUGGGAGUGGUGAUGAUGUAGUCAUUGUUGGUGAAGAUGAUGAUUUGGUCGACACCGCAACAUCUGAAUUGCCUGAACCAAACCCGAGGUUAGAUGGUCCUGUGCUUCAUAACUUGUCUGAGGGCAUGAGAACCACAGGAGCCAAUGAGAAUGAAACACAGCCAGAGUGGGUUGAGUUGAGUGGAAGUUCUGAUUCUGGUGAACGUUCAGAUGCAACUUCAGAAUCUGUUGAGCCAUUGAUUGCAGAUCAGUGUACAGUUUUACCAAAUGACCUAAGCAAAGAAGACACCUCUACAUUGUCCACUGAUAAUUUGGCAGGUAGAGGCAAAAGUGAUACUGGAGGCCCACCAGAAUCACUAGAUGACUCGAAGAUCGAUAACUCUGAACUGCCAGAACCUGGAAAUGGGAAUCCAAGCUGUGACACAAGUGCUUCUGUUAAUGUGGAGAAGCCCAUCACAACAGAAGUCUCUCCUGGAGCUGGAGGACAUGAAGAAACGAAUUGA